ACCCCACUACCAGAUAAAACGACGUGCUACAAAUCUCUUCAUUCUAGCUCGGCGUCCCUUACAUAUUUGAGACCCUCUGCCGUCAGCAACCUGGUCGCCAAGAAAAACCCCAAACCUACCUGUAGCUUCAGCUAUCCACCUACCCGCCGACGUAUUACCCUACCCCUACAGAAUUGCGACGAUUUCAUCACUGCUACCACAUCGACGACGUUGUCGCAGUAGUUGCUCAGACGAAGAAGAUCGAAAGCUUCAACAUACAUAUUCAAUUCAUCUUAAGAUAAGGAAAAUCAAAUCAACAAUCCACCAUGAAAGGAUCUACACCUGCAUUAUUUGUCUGCGCUUUCGCAACCUGGGCUCUCGCAGCACCGGUAGCUACGCUUGAGAAGACCCCGAAUGUCAUCGCAUCAACCCAGACGCAGCAGACAACAAAACAGACGGGGUUUCUAUCGAGAACAGUCCUCUUCCUUUCCACCAUUACACCCUCACGAAUAUCAAUUGAGAAACACAACAACGUCGUCGUCGCAGAAGAUGGCCAACGCGUCCAAUUACCAGAAAACCUUGCCGGGGCUAAAUCCUGGGAGACUCCUCACGUUCUCGCAUUUCUUACAUCAUUAACCCGCCCGAAGAAGCAAUCGCCGUUCCCCGAGUCAAGCAUCAUAAGAGAGGAGACUCGCGGAAACAUGAUGGAAGCCGAGCCGCAGGAAACCAUUGUGGAGCUUGAAACUAAGGCGGAGCGUGAGUCGUGGACGUAUCUUCCCUAUGUGUCUCAAGACAAAGUCUUGCGUUUCCGUUGCGUGCGUAAGGCCGCAGACACAAUGGUGCUUGUACUUCCCGUCGCCGCCACUGUCAUGAUCCUCAUGGCUAUCUUGUCGAGGGCGCUUCGACACAGGGUUUGCGCUCUCCGGACAUUCAAGAAGGGGGGGAUCCGUCUUGACGAUAAAGAAAAGGCAUCCCAUGAACAAUCUUCAAUACAGAUUCACAUGCCAGCUGCAUAUAUGCCGGUCUACUCCGACGACGGAGUCAAGUCAUAACACUGCCGAUGAUAAAAGUCAAAAGAUACGAGGGUCAGGGGGGGUUACUUUUAUUUUAUUUUAUGAUACCAUAACCGGGUCUUGGCGUCCAGGAAUCUGAGCUGGCAUGCUCUAGGGUAUUGAGACUUGUUUCAUCAAGG